AUGAAGAAAAUUAGUUAAUAGAUGUUAACAUUAAUGACCAAAAAUAACUUAUAAGAUAAACCUUUCACCAACGACCCAAAAAAAAAUAAAAGUAAACCCAAGACUGUCAAUACAGAAAGACCGUAAUACAAAACUCAGAAGAAUGAUUUGCUUGACUAUUUCAAGAAAGAGAGGAACACAUUCACUUAAGUUGCAAGCUCUUCGAAGGCAAUAUUGCAGGGAAGCAAAAGCAUUGAUAAUUUAUAACAAUUAAGUUAGAAGAGCGAUCGUCUAAAAACUGGUUAAUUCAAUGUAACUAUGACAUAUUACUCUUUAUAGACUGAUGCACGUAUCUAAACCGAUGAUGGAAAUAGUGCAAGAAGAUAAAUCUUAAAAUAAAAAAACUUAUCAUUGGCAACCAUUUCAUAAGAUGCUUAAAAUAUUGAUAAAAUGUUGAAAAAUUAGUUAUCAAAGUAACCUCAGACUACAAAGUAAUCUUACAACCAAUCUCCUCAAAAUCAAAUCAAAUAGCCUGUUCAUAAAUAAAAGGAUCAAUUACUAUUUGAUUUGCAUAUUCUAAAAAAUAGUGUAUGCACUAAUGAGUGUUAGAACUAUUUAAAUUUAAAAUAGAAUAAAUAAUCUAUUUAAUCCAAUCCUUAAUAAAAUCAUCGAUAAUCGAUUGAGGAUAUGUUUUCUAGUUAAAAACUGUUAAAAGGAUCCUUAUAGGGAUCCAUAUAGUUUUAAUCAUAAAAGCCUAAAAGAAAUGAAAGCGAAUCUAAAUCAACCAAUUAAAGCCAUAUAAAAACUGAAUAUUCCGCUGGGUCCAAUUAAUAAUUCCUAAAAUAAAAAAGCAAAGACGAAACCGUUUAGUAUGAUCUUAACAAAUACAUACAAAUAGUUCUUCAUUAUAAAUAAUAAAAAUACAAUUACUUAUACGAAUACUAAAAUUAAACUACCGAUGACUUGUACAAUUAUUUAAUAUAAUAAAUUGCAUGCAUUGAAAGGUCGUUUACAAAACUUGGAAGUGGAACUGGCUCAACUGAAGUAGAUUAAAUAUAAUAAGAACUAAAUAAAAUAUGUUAAUUUCAAACUGUAUCCAAAAAUAUCCCCUAUGAUUACUACUUGACAAUCUAGAAUUUAACUGUGGAAGUUUUCAAAGGAAUAACAUUGCAGGUUCAACCACUCUAUUCAUAACCAAUUACAACAAAGAGAGUUGGAUUGAAGGAUUUUACUUUAGUCAAAUGCAUAGGAGUAGGGGGUUUUUCAAGAGUUUAUAUGGUAAGAAAGAGAGACAAUGGAAAAUUUUAUGCUUUGAAACUUAUUGAUAAGAAGUUCAUAUUAGACAAUCAAAAGGAGAUUAUCGUACAAAAUGAAAGAGACAUUAUGGUUCAGAUGGAGAACCAAUUUGUUACUCCAUUGCAUUAUGCAUUCGAGACUAAAUACUAUAUUGCAUUUGUUCUUGAUUAUUGUGCUGGAGGUGAACUAUUUUAUCAUCUAAGAAAAUUGAAAAGAUUGAAUGAAUAAGAUGCUAAAUUCUAUUUUGUAGAAAUUUGCAUUGGCAUGGCUUAUCUACAUUCCAAAAACAUUGUGUAUAGAGACAUUAAACCAGAAAACAUUCUUUUAGAUUUGCAAGGCCAUCUACUAUUAAGUGAUUUUGGUUUGUCAAAGCCUGAUAUGACAGCAGAUGAUUUUGCCUAUUCGUUUUGUGGAUCCCCAGAAUACAUGGCUCCUGAAAUGUUGAUGAAAACUGGUCAUAACUAUUUAGUUGAUUGUUAUUGUUUAGGAGCUUUGCUUUAUGAAUUAGUUACUGGAUUACCUCCAUUUUAUUCUCAUAAUACACAAGAAAUAUAUAAUUCAAUUUUGACUGAAACUGUAGAAUUUCCAUAAUAUGUUCAAAUAUCGCCAGUUUUGAAAGAACUCAUAUUACAAUUGCUUUAAAAAGAUCCAACUGAAAGAUUGGGUUAUAAUGGUGGAAUUGUUGAAAUUCUCACACAUCAAUGGUUUCAUGAUGUUGACUUCGAGGCCAUCGUCAAUAAAUAGUUAAAAACUCCUUAUAAACCAGAACCUCUUAAAUAUAAUUUUGAUGAAGAAGAAUUUAAUAAAGGAGAUGCUGAAUUUAGGAAGUAAUAUUAGGCAAACAUGCAGAAGGAAUUUCAAAAUAUUGAUACAGCAAAUUACGUAUUAAAAAACUUUUAUUAUUCAAGAGAAUCCCAGUUUGGACUUGCAAAAACUAAAAGAACAAAUGAGGUUAAUCUAAAUCAACUCAAAACACAAGCAAUCCCUGCUGAAGCAUAAUCUCCAGGCAGAACUUAAUAGAUGUUAUAACAAUAAAAGGGAGAAUUUAAUUCUUAUUAGUCAAUUCUUGCCUCUCCUUAAGAGGGAAAAAGAAUUAAUAGACAAACUGGAAAAAGCGAAGUUUAUGAUUAUUUUAAGAAGCAUGAUUUGAUGACAAAAUCAUCUUAACUACUGCAAUAAUCUACUAAAUUAGGACAUUCCUAUUCAAAAACAAUGUAAUAACAAAACUCUUUAUAAGAUUUAAAAUAAUUCAAAUUAUUUGUUGAUUAAUCCAAAGCUUUAAUUUGUUCAGAUAGAACAACUACUAUGCCAGAUUAAAACCAUAAAGUUAUUACCGAGAGAAUUAAAACAGAACAAUUUGGAAAUCUGCCGUCUCCUAAAACUACUAAUAAUAGUUCAUUAAAUAAGUUAAAUCAUUUUUCAAAACUGUUUUUAUCCGAGAAAUAAAAAUAAAAAUGA